AUGGAAUUGACACUUUCCAUUCCUAACGGCAAUCCAAACCCAAGUAUCGAGACCUAUAAACUUGCCUUGCGACAUCUCGAAAACGCCAUUUCGAAGCGAUCUCUUAACAAUUACUCUUCAAAUUCCUCAGGCGGUGGUGGUAGUGCGCUCUGCAAUCAUUGCGUUACAGUAGACGAGCGACUGAAAGGCGUAUGUUAUAAUGAUGAUACAGCUCAAAAAUUCGAGUUCGACGUGAGCGCCAGAGAUGCUUCUGAUAAUCUACAUCUGGGUAGUUUGAAUGAAAUAUUCGCUGAGCAAAAUUGCUCUUUUUGUUCUUUACUUGCAAGACAAUUUUUGCGGAAGAAACGAAGAGAGAUUUAUAUGAAUGCAGGAUCGAGGGGGAUAGAUCUUCAUAGUUUGCCUCUGACUGGGCUCCUUGAAUUGGCUUUUACGGAGGAGCUCGCCGGAAGUGGGGAUGGGGUAGAGUGGAUCAUUGAUCCGUUCUUCGAAUCCCUUCAACUUUCUCUUAGUACUAUUAUAAGUGAUGGAAUGUUAUCGAUCUGGUGGCCUGAAAAUACAGUGGAAGAUAUCAAUGAUGAGCCUACCCAGCUUCCAAUGCUCGCCGCUGAUCACGAAGCUAUAUUCACCGGUGUAAAAAGACCCUGGAUCCCUUUGCCGAGUGGUGAAAUGAGUAGUGAAAGAGAUCUUGGCAUGUUCUCAGACUGUUUAAAUUCUUGUUUACAAAAUCAUGAGAAAUGCCGAGCAACACAAAUGACCGGAGCCCUUUGUUUAGGCUUUGGACCAAGUCGAUUGAUCGAUAUCGUGGAUAUGAAGAUUGUGAAAUUGGGGAUCCAUGAGGUUCCAAAGUAUUUCAUUUUGAGUUAUGUAUGGGGGCAUCCACCAUUUCUUCUUCUCGAGAAGAAAAAUGAGAAUGAGUUCUCCACACCAGGUUCUCUUGGAGCCCAAAGAAUACCGCAAACGAUUUUAGAUGCAAUUGAAAUUACUCGACGCUUUGAAGUACGGUACCUGUGGGUCGACGCCCUUUGUAUAGUGCAAGAUGAUUUCGAAAGCAAAAUGCAUGAGAUUGAUCGAAUGCAUACUAUCUAUGCACAAGCGGAAAUGACCAUCGUAGCAGCCACAGGCGAUGGUGCAAAUUUUGGAUUACUGGAUCUCGUUCCAAUAUUCACAGACGCAGAAACGCACUUGAUAAACAACAUCAGAUUCACAGUUGACUCAAUGGAACUCCGUGAAGUGAUAGAGUUUUCAACAUGGUUUACCCGCGGGUGGACAUUUCAGGAAUUAGUAUUUUCAAAACGAAUUCUUUGUUUCACAACGGAAAGAACUUAUUAUUCGUGUGAGGAAGGGAGUUGGAGUGAAGAUUUUCCACUGUUGACUCGGGCUGUCAAUGAGAAUGGAGAUACGGAUGAGAUUGAAAACAUAUUCUAUGAUGAGAGUCUCAAAACGGGCUUCGAUUUUCGGAAUAAACUGGAUCCAUUCGAAAAUUACAUGGAAAUGGUGUCGAAAAUGUCUACAAGACAAUUUACCCAAGAAAGCGAUUGUCUAAAUGCUUGUCGGGGGUUUUACACAGGUCUUCUUUUGAAAGGUCUAGGGGGCUCAGUAUGUGGAAUACCGGCUAUCUGUUUUGAGUUCGCUCUGGCUUGGCAACCGGAGGGGAUCCUCACGCGCAGAGGAUGUCAAGAUUUGAGCUCUGGGAACUUUCAAUUUCCGACUUGGUCGUGGGCAGGUUGGAAGGGACAUAUUGAAUAUCCACUCCUUGGAAGUCCGGAGAAGUGUGGGGUAAAAGGGGAGGUGAGGUGGGCGGUCUAUGAAGCUUAUAAGCCAAUUUCCGGCGCAGAUGGUGAAGUAAGAAUAAGACAAGCGAAAAGAUACAAACAGGUCGUCCCCACAAUCAAAGUACACACCUCGCCAUCACAAACACAUCAAAGUAUGAGUUCAUGGUGUACGCAUUCUUAUUCACCCACACUAGGAUCAAAAUCUCCCAAGCAGAAGUUUAAGGCUCUACUUGAUGUAGAGGGCGACCCGGACGCGAGCUCCCGGAAAAUUAUGUCAAGUAACUUCAUCGGUCCAAGUAUUUUGUUGUUCCAAACGUAUUCUAUUACAUGUCAAAUUGAUAUGAAUGAAAUCUCACAACCGCCACUUGCGAGACACAAAGACUUGAGAUUCUUCGCCGUCUCUUCUCUUGCGAAGACUGAAAUGAUCGGAGAAUUAAAAAUCGAUUCCGCCACUUUGAAUACUUUUCUCGAGUCACACAUUCCCUCAGACUCGACAAGUACAACUCUACAAAUAGAACUUAUUUCCCUGUUUGAAAUCGAUUUUGGGAGCUCGUCAGUACAGAAUUUGAUGUGGAUGAAUGGGCAUAGUUCGAGAGGUACGUUUUCGAAAGACUUUAUGCAGAUGGUGGAGAAGAGGGAGAGUAGGAGAAUGAAAUGUGUUAUGUGGAUUGUGUGGGAUGAAGAGGAGGGGUUAGCGAUGAGGGUUGCGGUAGGAUGGGUGAGCGUUGAGGGGUGGCAGAGAGAGGGUCCGAGGUGGAAGGAGGUGGUGCUCGCGUGA